AUGAUACAAGAGUUGAGCAGGCAAGAUCGCGGCUUUCUGAAGCGCAGAGAGGGAGCCCAUGAGAGGCGGCGUGCCUUUAUCAGGCAAAUUGAGGGCUAUGAAGAGUACAAGGUCAUUGACAUGGUCGUCCAGAACAAUGCCACAGUCGAGGAUGCUGUGCAGCGCAUUAAGGACAUGACAAUGGCUGCCCUUGCAGUUCAUGGUCCAACUGCGCGAGGUGGCGUCGGAUUGGUCGACUACAACCUCUCCCUGUCGGUGGUGGAGCUAGCACAGCGACUCGAGCCAGGUCAGCAUGGCACGCUGGUCGAGUUCAUGUCGAAACUUCAGAAAGAGAGAGCCAUAGACCCUACUACGGGUGAGCCACUGAAAUCUGACAACGAUAUUCUCUGGACUGGUCUCCCAUCUUUUGGGUACACCUCACUGGAGGCAUGGGAUGAGCGUGGAGGCGAUCACCAAGAUCCUUGUGAUCCCGAUUUUGAUUCAGAGCAACGUGAGCGAUGGGUAAACCUGAAUGCGUUUCUCGCGAAGCUUACCCAGGCCGCGGAAGUCCGCUAUGAGUCUCCAGGGGAGAGACCCUGUUUUCAUCCACUGGACAAUUCGCUACGCGCGACUUGGGUGUUCGAAAUGGCACUUGAGGAUUUGGAACACUCUCCCGAGAUACUGGCUCAUACGGCAGCAAUGGAAGCCGCUUGCCAGUGGUUUAUUCAAGGCGCCGAUCGGUUGUGGGCUAAUGUCGUGAGCGGCCGCGUGUUUCCACACUACAUUGAAACGAGGAGAGACGGCAGUAAGGGUUUUGAACGCGAGAGAUGGGAUCGGUGGGUGCGGGAUCUACGAAGAGCAGAGGCCGCUUGCUCUGAUGGACGUAUGAAGAACUUGAUUAGAGAUGCAUUGGCGCAUGUCAAGCGGGUUAUGAGAGAUCCAUAG